AUGGGAAAGAGGCACCUCACCGAUACCAAGAUGUAUGAUGUUGCUGUUCAGUUGAAAGAACCCCCUCCGCACCCCUCCGGGCCCCAGGCCCCAGCCCCCCUGGCUGAGCUGCAGGAGGGAGCAGGUGGACAGGAGGCGGCCGGCACACACGGGCCCGCUGGAAGGGAAAGUAACUUUGAAGGGCCGGUGGGGAGGACGCGAGGGCGCACUUCGCGGACUAGCCCCCCUCAGCCGCCUGACUCCACGGUGGCUUUACCCCUUCGGGAAAUAGGACCCCCAGAUGACACAGGAAUCCCCAGGCUCCAGUACUGGCCAUUCUCCACCAGUGAUCUGUAUAACUGGAAAACUCAGAGUGCUCGGUUUUCAGACAACCCCAAAGAUUUACUGGCUUUACUAGAUAGUGUCAUGUUCACCCACCAGCCCACUUGGGAUGAUUGUCAGCAGCUCCUCCGAAUUUUGUUCACCACGGAAGAGCGAGAGAGAAUACAGAUAGAAGCUAGAAAGCUGGUCCCGGGGGACGACGGUCAACCGACUGCCAACCCCGACCUCAUAAACGCAACCUUUCCUCUGACCAGGCCGGCGUGGGACUACAACACGGCAGAAGCCUUACAGAAAAUUCACCAAGAAAUCUGGCCCAAGCUGAAAGAGCUAUAUGAGACCAGUCCCCCACCGACACCCAAUCCGUACCAGCCGGGAGACUGGGUCCUGGUUAAGCGACACCGACAAGAGACCCUAGAGCCCAGGUGGAAAGGACCACUCCAAGUACUCCUGACCACACCCACCACCCUGAAGGUAGAAGGCAUUGCGUCGUGGAUCCGCUACAACCACGUCAAGCCAGUGGACCCAACCUCCGACCUUCUGGGGCCAAUCACGGCGGCGGCUGAAGCACCGGACACGUGGACUGUGGACAGAGCUAAGAACAACCCCUUAAAACUCACCCUGCGCCGGCAGCAUAGCUCACUGCAAACAUGCAGUUAGGUAGUCUAACUCUAACAUUGGUCGCCCUAGUGGCCGCUGGGGAAAACAUAAAGCCAACUCCUAAUCCCUUUGUCUAGAGAUUCUGGCUUUAUGAAAACCAAACCCACCCUGGGCAACCUCAUAAGCCCGGGAAACUAGUGGCCAGUGCAGAUUGCCCCUCCUCAGGGUGCAAUAGCCCAAUUUUACUACCUUUCAUAUACAUGGAUCAGACUGAAUACAAUUAUAAGCACUAUUGGUGGCACCAAAGUGCCGGCUGCCCUUAUAACUAUUGUAACAUCCAUAAAUACCAAUGGUGGGGUGGAGAAGAACAGAUAGAUCCCAGAUGGCCCUUCUGGAACUCCCGCUGGACCACGCCUCAACACGGGGCUGUAUACUACUCCUCCGCCUCCCAGUCAUCUCUAUCUGUGGUGGGGUCUAGUGCAGGUACGGCCCCUGGUCCAUGGAAAUAUCCAGCGACAAGAAAACCGCUAGAACUUGCCAACCUUACAGGACUUCACAGCCUGUCUGGCUGCUUUCUAUGUGCCACUCUAGGGCGUCCACCGCUAACCGCUGUCCCCCUGCCAUGGGGAUCAUCCACCUCUGCCCAAGCUAACAACCACCAAAACCUCUCAUAUGCCCCUAUCCCUAACGUGCCACUAUACCUAAACCCCAGUCAAGAGAAGUUUCCCUACUGUUUCUCAGGAACUAAUUCCAGCCUCUGCAACAUCACUGCAACACCCCCUAACAUCACCUUAAGGGCUCCAUCAGGCAUAUUCUUCUGGUGUAAUAGAACAUUAUCUAAAAACCUAUCAAGCCCCUCUGUUACCAACCUACUGUGUCUUCCUGUCACAUUAGUUCCCCGGUUAACUCUACUUACUGCCGGCGAGUUCCUAGGGUAUACCGGUAACUGGACUAGUGCUGUUAUUCACCCAGACCCUAGACCGAGACCUGCACGAGCCAUAUUUCUCCCCCUCAUUGCAGGAAUCUCCCUCACCGCAUCCUUCAUGGCGGCCGGACUGGCUGGGGGAGCCCUAGGUCACACCUUAUAGAAAGUAACAAGCUGUACCAACAAUUUGCCGUUGCUAUGGAGGAGUCAGCUGAGUCCCUUGCCUCCCUCCAGCAGCAGCUCACGUCCCUAGCACAGGUAACCUUGCAGAACCGGAGGGCCUUAGACCUACUCACUGCUGAAAAAGGGGAAACGUGUAUGUUUCUAAAGGAAGACUGUUGUUUCUACAUAAAUGAAUCAGGACUCGUGGAAGACCGAGUCCAACAGUUACGCAAGUUAAGCACAGAAGUAAGAACACGGCAGUUUGCUUCAGCUGCAGACCAAUGGUGGAACUCAUCUAUGUUUUCUCUGUUAGCCCCCUUCCUUGGACCCCUGCUGAGUCUACUAUUUCUGCUUCCCGUAGGACCUUGUGUUGUUAACAGAAUUUUGCGGUUCGUUAAAGAAAGGUUUAACACUGUACAACUCAUGGUCCUCAGAGCCCAAUACCAACCUGUAAACGCUGAAACAGAAUCAGACUUAUAAGACCCAAGAUUGGCUCUAAAAAAAUACCUGAAAAGAAAGGGGGGGAAUGAAAAGAGCCAGGCACAUUCCUCAGCCCCGGGCUCAAAACAAACAAGCCCAGUACAAACACAUCCCAUCCUCCCAUCCCACCACAUAUCACCAUAUAUCUCUUAAACUUCCCCCGGGCUCAAAACAAACAAGCCCAGUACAAACACCACCAGGAAAGUCUCCGAUAAGGGGACAGAUGAGGGGACAGCCGUUCAAAGUUUUACUGAAAGAGCGGGAACCAAAAGAAUUCCUUUGUUCCCCUGUAACUUUCAGGCUAUAAAAAAGCAAACACUCGCAUUGUUCGGGGCCCUCUUGUAUGCGGUGGAAUGGAGGGACCAGGUUCGAACUUGUAGUAAAGAUCCUUGCCGCUUGGCUUUGA